AUGUACCAAUAUUUCCUGCAGGCUGUUCCGACUCGUCUUCUCUAUCAAUGGUCAGAAGUCAGCACGUACCAGUACGCCGUAACUCAACAUGACAGAACAAUUAGAAAUCAGAAAAUUCCUCAAGGCACGCCUGGGAUAUUCUUUCGCUACGAAAUCAGUCCUUUGUCUGUGCACGUCGACAUUCGUCUUAGCCUAGUAAGCGGACUCGUCAGACUUGCCUCCUUGGUCGGUGGCGUAUUUGUUUCGGCCGGGCUUCUUCGGGAUGCUGGAGCCAUGCUACAUCGCUGGUUGCUCGGGCCCAUUUGGGCCCAUUUUCUCUCCAUAUUGUUCUCACGCCUUCUGCACUCUUGGGAUAGGUCUGGACUACAAUCGGUAUCUAGUUCUCCACCUUCUCUUCAGCUCAUAGACGUAGUUGAUUAG